AUGUCUCCAGUACCAGAACCCAUUCUUGAAGCCCUCUCACUCCCAUCCGAAUCAAAAGUCAGCCUCUCUACAUCCGGCCUAGGCUCUGGCUUCACAAGCACAGGCACCAUCCACGCCCAGAUCCCCGACAAAAAUGGCACAGAAGAAGAGCGACGCUACUUCGUAAAAACUUCCUCAAAUGGCAAAGAUGCAGAAGAAAUGUUCCAAGGAGAAUCCGAGUCCCUCAACGCAAUCGCAGCCUCAGUACCAGGGUUCUGUCCCCAAGCCCUAGCUCGGGGACCACUCGAGCAAGGGACAAAGGCCAAAACGCACUUCCUCGCAACAGAGUUCCUCCAGCUUGGCGGCAAGAUGGGACGUAGCACGAGCGACGAAAACACGCUCGCCCACCGCCUCGGAAAACUGCAUACCACGCCCGCACCCCCAGAUCCGAACACCGGCCGACGCAGAUUCGGAUUCCCCGUACCAACCUUCUGCGGUGAUACCAAGCAGCCAAACCGGUUCUGUGAUAGCUGGGCUGAGUUCUACGCAAACGAACGGCUGCUCACAAUCCUGGCGACAUCUGAAGAACGCAAUGGACCCGAUGCUGGGCUCCGCGAGACGGUUGAGAAGACGGCGCAUAAGGUUGUGCCUCGGCUGCUUGGGGAUGGUCAUUUAGGGUAUAAUUCCAGUAGUGACGGGGAGGAGAUUGUGCCUGUUGUUGUUCAUGGGGAUUUGUGGAGUGGGAAUGCUGAUUGGGGUCGGAUUGUUGGCUCGGGUCGCGAUGAGACGCCUGGGGAUGUGGUGUAUGACCCAUCGGCUUGCUAUGGGCAUAGUGAGUUUGAUCUUGGGAUUAUGCAUAUGUUUGGUGGGUUUGGGGCUCGGUUCUUUGAUCAGUAUCAUCGGAUUGUGCCGAAGACUGAGCCUGUGGUCGAGUAUGCUGAUCGGGUGGAAUUGUAUGAAUUGUAUCAUCAUCUGAACCAUCAUGCUAUUUUUGGUGGAGGGUAUCGAUCUGGUGCUAUGUCGAUUAUGCAGAAGUUGAUCAGGAAGUAUGCAAAAGACUAG